AUGGAAAGGAGAGGGAAAAAGGGAAGCUGGAGAUCUGAAACGAAUUUCUUUUAUUUCCAGAUGUCCGAGUCCGUGAAAGUGGCCGUGAGAUGUCGGCCGAUGAACGCUCGAGAACUGCAACAGGGAUGCAGGAACGUAAUAACGAUCGACUCACCGUCGAAAUGCUGCACCCUGGAGGGUCCAACCGGUGGUACCGGAAGCGGCAAGGUGUACCAGUUCGACGCAGCCAUCGGACCGGAAGCCAGCACGGAGACCGUGUACGAGAACGUGGGCUCCGUGAUCGUGGAGGCUGUUCUCGACGGUUACAAUGGAACGGUGUUCGCGUACGGUCAAACGGGCUGCGGAAAGUCUCACACGAUGCGAGGGUUCAUCGAACGCACCUUGGACCACAUCUUCGAGGCGACGUCGACGGCCAGCUCGGAGAUGAGGUACCUGGCGCUGCUGAGUUAUCUGGAGAUCUACAACGAGCGACUGAGGGACCUGCUCCAAGACGGCAUCGGCGACCUUCUGACCCUGAAGGAGGAUCCUAGCCGAGGGACUUACGUGGCCGGUGGUUUGAGAGAGGUUACCGUUAAGGAUGCCGCGGAAUGCGCCCGUCUGGUGGAACAGGGCGACAGAAGAAGAGCUGCCGCGGCUACGAAAAUGAACGCUGCCAGUUCGAGAAGUCAUGCUGUACUUACAUUGUCCUUGGAGACGUUGGCUAUUAACGACGACAGCAAGACGGAGAACACGGUGAAGAGGGGUAGAUUGCACCUGGUGGACCUGGCCGGUUCCGAGAGGCAAGCGAGGACCGGGGCCACCGGUGAUCGUCUGAAAGAAGCAGCCAGUAUUAAUUUGAGUCUUUCGGCGCUGGGGAAUGUAAUUAGCGCCUUGGCGGCUGGCCAAGGAAGACACGUGCCCUAUAGAGACAGCAAGCUGACAAGACUCCUAAGGGACAGUCUGGGCGGCAACGCGAGAACCCUGAUGAUUGCCUGCGUAAGUCCCAGCGACGCCGACGCCGAAGAGACGCUGAGCACCCUGCGAUACGCGGCCAGAGCGCGAUGCAUAAAAAACAAGCCUGUGAUCAACGAGGACCCGAAGGACGCUCUGCUAAGACAGUAUCAAUUAGAAUUGCAACGAUUAAAGAAGAUGCUCGAAUCGAACGAUCAAACGAUCGUCAAAGAGAUAAUCUCCUCCGUGAAGGAUGAAACCGACGACGAGGAGACCAGGAUGCAGAGGGAAGAGGUCGAAUACGCGGAAGAGGUCGAGAGGCUGAAGAAAGAAUGCGAAGAUUCUAAUCUAUCCGCUCAGAAGCUCCGAGAGGAACUGGAGGCGCUUAAGAUCCAUUACGAAGCUGGUGCAAUUAAGACUGUCAGCCCCAAGCCUGUUCCUCCGCCUUCGAUGGACGAGCAGGACCUGGAACGAGAGGAGCGGCGAAGAAAGAAACGGGAAGCAGCGAUGCAAGAGGUGCUGAAGAGGUUGGAGAAGCUGACCAUCGGCGGAGAGGAACAAGGGAACACGGAACUGAGAAGAAGAAGAGAGAAGAGGAGGAAGAAACUUGAAGCUCUUGCUUCGGCUUUGGAGUCCAGCGCCCAGGAGGGCAAUGGAAGUGUCUUCCAAGUCUAUGGGCAACUUAGGUCAACGGAGGACGCUUUGAAGCGGAUGGCGAAGCGUGUGAAGCAACUGGAAGCGGAAGCCGCCGAUCUCCAAGCUUCCUGGGACGCUGAACGACGCGAUCUUUUACGAAGAGAAUUACUCACCUCGCAAAUAUGCGACUCGAUGGUUCCUCAUCUUCGACCGGGUUGUCCAUUGCGCGACGUCGCUGCUGUUAGAGCAGCUGCAACCUGGUGUGACGAAUUGGGACGUUGGAGGUUACCGGAUGUCUCCCCGCACAUACCGCUUCCGCCACCUUCCUUGGUACCAAAGGAUAAUACGCCUUAUACCAUUGUGCCUUCCAAGCCUGAUCUUAAUAACAAUAGUAAGGAUAACGAGGAUGAGAUUGGGAAUGAGGCUGAUAACGAGGAAAGCAGCGAGCAGGAGGAUACCAAGAAAUUGGACAUUGUGGACACGUACUUCCGGCGGAGUAGAAUUGACAAGUUAUUGGCUCAUGUUAGGCAAGCAAAGACUUUCGAGCUAAAUAAUCGCAUCAGUAAGUCAGGUGGUUCUGAAGAUUGCAUACCAAUCGGUGCUGGUCAUCUCCAAUUGAACGCUUUAAAUCUGCAAACAAGCACACCGGUAAUUGGCGAAAUGGAUAAUUACAAACCUAGCCAAAAUCUACCAACCGGUAGAACUAGUCGUCCUGGUUGGAUGGCAGAAGAAAAUUCGCUCAACAAAAGUUCCUUUCACAACCAAACGGUGAAGAAACAUCCACCUCGUAUUUUGGAGGCGUUGCCUUCGUAUCCACAAAGUGCCUUGAAAUUUGAAAAUAAAUCAAUAUCAGAUAGGAUUUCUGAUAAGAUAUCGUCGAGGUUUAACGAAGUGGCUGAUAAUCGUUCGAUGGUUGGGCAAACUGGUUCCCCUAUGUAUUGAAAUUGAAGACAUCAGAGAUGAUGAUGAUUGGGAACAGUGAAUUAGGAUGAUGAUUGGAAGAUGUUUAUGAGAAAUUAUAAAAGGACCGUUGACAAGUAUCUUUCGCAAGGAUAAUCAGGUAAUAAAUGACCAUCGUGUCAUCAAGGUUUCCAGGUUUGGCCAACGACCACACUGUUUUCUCAACGUGAGAAGAUUGCAAUCUGACUGUCUUCUCAGGGAAUUAACAUUUUUAGUUAAUCAAUCUCUUCGGGAAACGUUUGAUCUUGUAAUUCUACAUUCAUCGUAAACGUGUUUCGAACACUUCAUCCGUGAAACAUUUUAAUUUCUAUCAACAUGUAAUUCUUGAUUUUAUAAACUUAGAAUUGUUUUAUCAUUUUCAAACAAUCAUUAUUUAAAAUUUAUGAAAAUUAAUAAAAAUAUCUAA